ACUCCCAGUGUCGUAAGUGUGACUUUCCUGAGUGGAAUCUCCCUUCACAUCUGCUACCUUAUAAAAGAGGGGGAGAUGUGUCUCAGUAGAUACAGGCAUUUCUGUUAGCUGAGCUCUCACAGGCUAGACAGAACAUAACUGGGACUUACAACCACAAUUUUUAUUUCAUCUUGGAAGCUGGGCACCAAGAAGAAGAUUUUUCUUUGCACUGAACACUUCAUUACGAUACAGCCACCUCUCACCUACACCAAGGAUUCCAAAUGGAGCCCAUGACUGUCUUUGUGAUGGCACUCUUCAUUUCAAUCUCCCAGGCUGAUUUUCACAUGUCCCUGAAACCCCCACAGAGGGUGAUCUCUCUCCAGAUUGGGGAGACAUUUGAAUUCUUAUGUGAAGCAUUUGACUGUCCCAAUCCCACUUUUACUUGGGCUAGCCUGAUGGAUAAAACAUUGAGUGGCACUGUAAACACAGAAGGCAGCAGGUCUAUCCUAACCAUGCAGGUCAGCGCUGAGAGUGAAGGCAGUUACCUGUGUAAAGUCUUCUGCAAUCAACACAAAGAAGAAAAAAGUUUCACAAUCAGCGUCUACUCUUUCCCAAGUGAACCUGUUCUACACAUCUCAUCUCUUGUGGCUGAGGUUCAGUCCAAUAUCAUCUGCACAGUCCCUCUUGUGUACCCUUCUGAAAUGCUGAGUUUGAGUUUACUGAAGAACAAAGAAGUGGUGUCAGAAUAUGACUCAUCUAUGGAGAUAGCUCAAGAUGGGGGAUUCCAGUUAAGAAAUGCUAGCCUAUCAUAUGCCUGGAUACCUCAUGUGGAAGAUGAAGGCUCGGUAAUUGAGUGUGAGGCAGAAAUGUCAUUUGUGGAUGACGAAAUCAAACCAAUAACCAGAUCUACAAAUGUGACUCUCAGUGUUGCCUACCCUCCUCCGAAUCCCAAUAUUACUGUCCAACCGUCCAAAAGUGUUCAAGCUGGUAAAGAUAUAUCUCUGUAUUGCUCGGCUGAAAGUCGGCCCCAGGCAACUGUGAGGUGGGUGAAGGAGUCUGGGAAUGUGGAGAAUGAGUUACCAUCAGAAAAUGGGCACCUGGGAUUAACUGAAGUAAAGCCACAAGAAUCUGGGAAGUACAUCUGCUAUGCAGAGAAUGAAGCUGGGAGAAAAUCUGCCUCUGUAGUGAUCACUGUACAAGGUGUGCCAAGUGAACCUGAGAUUUCCAUCCUACCAGCAACUACAGUGAUUCAGGGGCAAGCAGUUACAAUUAAAUGUGUGGGGCAUAUUAGUGACAUUAAUACUCAGGUGACUUUGUGGAAAGAAACCCUUAUGCUGAGCAAAGAGGGGAUUGUGCAUAUAGAGAGAGCAGAUCCCAUGGAUACAGCAAUGUACAAGUGCAAAGCAUCAAAUCAAUAUGGAGAAAGAGAGGCAAUGGAAUCUCUGACUGUCCAAUUUCCACCUAAAAACACAAGACUCACCAUUACACCCUCCGAGCUGGUGAGAGAAGGGGAUCAAGUAAUUAUCCAAUGUACGUCCGAAGCAUUUCCUACCCCCACAUUGAUCCUUAAGGAAAAGACAGAACAUGGUGAGGUGGAGCUGGAAACUACAAGAGGGAUGUCCGUUAUCACCUCUGCCACAGUGGAGCAUUCAGGAACAUAUACCUGCAAAUCCAUUAACCCAGUUGGAAAUGAAGUGGCAGAGCUCAGUCUGAGUGUGCAAGUUCCACCUAAAAACACAAGACUCACCAUUACACCCUCCGAGCUGGUGAGAGAAGGGGAUCAAGUAAUUAUCCAAUGUACGUCCGAAGCAUUUCCUACCCCCACAUUGAUCCUUAAGGAAAAGACAGAACAUGGUGAGGUGGAGCUGGAAACUACAAGAGGGAUGUACAUUAUCACCUCUGCCACAGUGGAGCAUUCAGGAACAUAUACCUGCAAAUCCAUUAACCCAGUUGGAAAUGAAGUGGCAGAGCUCAGUCUGAGUGUGCAAGUUCCACCUAAAAACACAAGACUCACCAUUACACCCUCCGAGCUGGUGAGAGAAGGGGAUCAAGUAAUUAUCCAAUGUACGUCCGAAGCAUUUCCUACCCCCACAUUGAUCCUUAAGGAAAAGACAGAACAUGGUGAGGUGGAGCUGGAAACUACAAGAGGGAUGUACAUUAUCACCUCUGCCACAGUGGAGCAUUCAGGAACAUAUACCUGCAAAUCCAUUAACCCAGUUGGAAAUGAAGUGGCAGAGCUCAGUCUGAGUGUGCAAGUACCUCCACAAAAUACCACAGUUCUUGUAAAGCCAUCCAAAAAUGUAAUGGAAGGUGACACCGUGACCAUCACCUGUGAGACACACAGCUCCCCACUUCCAACAAUCCUACUGAAGAAGGUGUGCACCGGCACCGACAGUACAACACAGAGAGAAGCAGAGAACGGCACCUUCACCUUACACAAUGUCACACGCAAUGACACUGGAACCUAUGUGAUCAGCAUAAUUAAUGAAGCAGGAAACACCACUGAGGUCAUCCAGAUCAAUGUACAAGCUCGAUAUCAAAGCCCCCAAUAUAGCUUUGCAACUCCAAUCAUAGCAACAUCCUUAUUUGCGGUAUCAGCAGCUGUCAUCGGACUGAUUGUUUAUCAUAUGAAACAAGUACGGCUACAGGGGUCAUACAGCUUAGUGAACGCUUUGAGAAGCAGAGUUUGAGCUGAAAUCCCAGGUAAAGGUUUUAGCUCCGGUGGUAGCAGUACUAGUAACACCAUACUGUCACAGUCUGCAGUCUGGAUCCAACGUCUAAGAUGAAAACUUACGAAUCCAAUUUCAGUUUUGAAAACCUGGAAUGGAAGAGCAAAGGUUUUCUGAAGCAGCUGGACCACCUGCUUCUGCUGAACAGUUCCACAUGCUGAGUAAAAACAUUUGCUGAGUAACUGUAUAAACUGGCAUUGCAAACAGAACCUUUUUUUGUUCACAAUGAAAUCAAGGCUAUCAUGCUGUGGGCCGCAGCAAAACUGAACUGAAUCAAGGAGGGAAACUGAGACUCAGCAUUUUUAAAACUGGAACUGGAAAGAAAUAAUUGUGUUAAAAUCACUGCCAUUUGCACUUAGUUUCAACCUGUAGAUUUCUGUGUUGUAUAUAUUUUUUUGUUUGAAUGUUACAAUCUGUUCAAGUGCUACAAGUGUUUUGUAAUGUACUUGUAAAAUCUUUAUCGUUUGUCGUUACCUAAAUGUGUUCCAUUUCGUGCUCCGAAUUUGAAUCUCCAAACCCUCCUCUGUGAUGGGGCGGCUAUUAAAAGGGUCUUUUGUUGAGGUGGUGGAGGGGGGUGGCAGUGCAGUGUGAAAGGUUUUGGAAAGAAUAAAACAGAAAUUGUCACCACAGAGAAAAAGCGGCAGAGUGUUUAAAAGGAUCCUUGAGAGCCGUCUAGAUUAGCAUAAUUGUGAUACAUUUCUGAGCGUUCCUGAAGGCUUUGUGCUAGCUCACUUAUUGUGCUAAAAUGCACAAAGGAUGCAUUAUCUUUUAUCACAGUUAUUACAGAUUUGGGAUCUAUUAUCUGGAGGGCCUGUGUUUUUUUUUUUUUUUGAUAAGUGGUCAUUCCAUAAUAUGGCUCAUCACACCUUAAGGCCACUAAAAACAUUUAAACUAAACAAACAGUCUUACAUUUCAGUCUGAAAUGUAAGACUGUUUGUUUGAAUAGAACUAUUGUAUUUUGAUGGAUUCCAGAUAAUGGGUUUCCAGAUCAUAGGACCCAAAUCUUUUUAUUGGGCCUGAUAAUUAUCUAGUAAUUGCCAGACCAGUUUGCCUCAUAUUAAAGUGGACAGUGUAGACAUGGUACUAAUUUCACAAAUUCUUGCACAUAACCCUGGAAAUACCGGGACUAGCAAAAGUCUUCAUCCAAAACUAGCCAGCGCCAAUACACAAAUGCUGAGAAGCUGCUGUAUGUGCUGUCACUUUCCAUUGAGAAACAAUUACGAUGACUUAAAAAUGUUUGUGUGUGUAUUGUUCAUUAUUUAUUAUUCCAUUUACUCUGCAAUGUGAAACACUGCAAUAGUAUACUUUUCUUAAAAGAACUUCUAAUCUAUAGGGCUACUGUCAGGGGGCACAAGUGAAAAAAAUGGUGCCGUGAUUUUUUUCCCCCCACAAAACUGCCACUUGACAUUGGUAAAUAAGCCCUCAUUCGUCAAUUUUCACACUUAUUUGAAACAGAUAGACCCCAGGACUUCAUGAAAAAAACACAAUGCAUAUCACUGGCCAGCACAAAUUAUUUUACACACAAAUAAAUUAUGUAAAAGCUGGAAUAAAAUAAUGGCAUUUUAAAGCAAUCAGUGAAAGAAUCUGUUACAAAGAGCCAAUCAGUGUAUUUGUUUACACCAGACUAAUUUAUAAAAAUGUCUUCAUUAUUUUAAAGAAACUCCAGACGUUCCAUAAUCCAGUGAAGUCGGUCUGUUAGCUAUGAAGCCUUUAUGGCAGCUUCUAAUGAACUGUUGUUGGCCAGCAACAGAUCUAUUGUGUGUAAAUGAGACUUUCAAUAUACAGGUGAAGAUAUGAUAUCACAUACCUUGCCAUACUUUUCCUUAUACAAAAAGCACUCUCAGUUCUGUGGCCAACAACCUAUGGAUUUGAUUGGUCUUAUGGAAAAAGUAAAAAAAAACAAGUCAGAAGAGUCCGAAUUUUUACUAUUUCAGAAAUUAUCAAAGUGCCUGUUACAAAGGACAAAUUCAAAUACUCUGCAUCAGUCAUUCUAUGUGCUGAAAGAUCUAAAUAGUCUUGGUUGUAUAUAUUUAUGUUAUAUUCAAUAAAUUUACUACACCAGAUGCCAGACCUUUUAUACUGAAAUGGUUACACCUUUAUUGAUACAGUUUGUAGGAGCUUCUACAAGAAUGUAUUUUUAUAACAUUAUUUGAAACAUGAGCACAACUGUAUAUGAUAGGGAAAUAAACAAAACGUUGUACAUGUGGUUUUUUUAUAUUAUUCUAAUGCUGGACAUUGCUAUAAUAAAUAUGUUUAUUUGUAA